CAGAGCGCACAGGCGUACUGUUACACGGCUGUGUUGAUCGGAGGAGACUUCACGUUGCAGUCACCUCUGAGCAAACACUAUAUUUUCUCCUAUCACCCAGAGAUUAGAUGGUUUAGGCGGUUUUACGCAGAGCGCACGAGCCUCUGGUGACUUGUGUUGACUUUGACGGCACAGUUGUGUGAAAAUCUCGGGCUGUUUUUGCGGCGGACUUGUUGUCACCAUAAUGUGGGGGAUCCAGAGGACGCGGUACGCAGACUGCAACGGCUCUGAAGCCAGCGAGGAGACGGAGAUUGUUGUCAACAUCGGCGGGGUGAAACAGGUGUUGUAUGGGGACGUGUUGAAUCGCUACCCGGACACCCGGCUGGCAGAGCUGGUGGACUGUUCACUCAAGUCUGCUGAGGAAAUAUCCUCACUGUGUGACGACUACGACCCUGACACAGGAGAAUUUUAUUUUGACAGAGACCCCGAAGCAUUUAAGUGUAUAAUAGAGCUGUAUUAUUAUGGAGAGAUCCACAUGAAACGAGGCAUCUGUCCCAUUUGUUUCAUGAAGGAGAUGGAGUUCUGGAAGAUCGACUCUGAUUUCCUGGACGACUGCUGUAAAUGCCACCUGAAGGAGGUGGAGGAUGAACUUGCAGAGAUCGCAGAGAAAGUGAGGACUAUCCUGGUGGACCGGGAGGGAGACCCGUCUGCAGCAGGCUGGCAGCGCUUCCAGAUGUGUCUGUGGAGGCUGAUGGAGAAGCCGGAGUCCUCGCUGCCUGCGCACAUAAUCGCUAUAGUUUCUUUCAUCUUCAUCCUCGUCUCCUCCGUGGUGAUGUGCGUGGGGACCAUCCCCGACCUGCAGGUGGAGGACGCGGAGGGUAACCUCACGGAGAACCCAACUCUGGAGGUCAUCGAGACCGUGUGCAUCGGCUGGUUCACUAUUGAGUACAUCCUGCGUCUGAUCUCCUCCCCGAAUAAAAUCAAAUUCAUGCUGGCUUUCAUGAACAUCAUCGACUUCAUGGCGAUCAUCCCCUUCUAUGUGGUGCUCAUUCUGACCUCCUUCGGCACAGGAGUGAUGGAGCUGGCUAACGUGCAGCAGGCGGUGCAGGCUUUACGCAUAAUGCGCAUUGCGCGCAUUUUCAAGCUGGCACGACAUUCCUCCGGACUCCAGACCCUCACAUCUGCCCUGAAGAGCAGCUUCAAAGAGCUGGGACUGCUCCUCAUGUACAUGGGCGUCGGGGUCUUCCUGUUCUCCGCACUGGGCUACACCAUGGAGCAGAACCACCCGGAGACCUUGUUCACCAGCAUCCCGCAGUCCUUCUGGUGGGCUGUCAUCACCAUGACCACGGUGGGCUAUGGAGACGUCUACCCCAAGACCACUUUGGGUCGCUGUAACGCGGCCAUCAGCUUCCUGUGCGGGGUGAUCGCCAUAGCGCUGCCUAUACACCCCAUCAUCAACAAUUUCGUCUUGUUCUACAACAAGCAACAGGUGCUGGAGACCGCUGCCAAGCAUGAGAUCGAGCUGAUGGCGCUGCGCUCCGGCGACGGCGAGCUGAAGGCCGCGCCCGGCGCCCAUAAACACGUUUGCGGCGCAGGGGUGUGGGACAACGCCAUGCGCUCCUGUCAAAGCGACACAUACAUCCCCUUACUGAAGGACCCCAGGGGGGCAGCGGGGAUCCAGACCCCCAGCAUGGACACAAGCUUUGAAAGCACAGCCGAGGCCACUGAUUACUUCAUCUCCUAAACACUGAAGAUCAUCUGAAAACAACGAGAUCAAGAACAAAACAUCAAAUUAAUCAUUAAUUUCUGACUGAUCCAAACUCAACCUGCACAAUCCGGGGUUAAUGACACCACAGUGAUUGGAGACGUGAUUGUAAAUAGCCUCGUAGAGAUAACAGGACCGCAGCAAACCUCUCCAAGGACCGUUAAUGCAUUUGAGGGAUCGCGGCUAUUAAAGGGACAUAUGUGUGAGAUAUUGACUUGAUGAGCUGUGCCUUUGCGCAGUGACUCCCUGGAGGGCCGAGGGCUUGUGUUUGAACACCGAUUCCCCCCAUGUAGGCUCCUUAUAUAACUCCCCCAUCCCCAGUACUCACACUCAUACUGUAGACUGCAUUGUAGCGUACUCCUCUGUACAGAUAUAUAUCACAAUUAAUGUGUUUUUUAAUAAUAAUAAAGAUUGGCAGCUCCUCCA